GUGAAAGUUGGCUCGAGUUUGACGCGCAGGUUGCGUGCAGACAAACGGACAGAAGCUGCAACGGCGCUGUAAACUAUGCGGGAGAUUUCCCCCCUGAGACUGGACUGAAUUCACUGCUUUGAGCGUGAUAAGACGUCCGGCGCCUUCGCUCGCAUGUGUGACCAUGACGGGAACUGGACUGUACUCCACCUGCUCUUAAUCCGUAUGCUUUGUGUGCGUCCAUCAUCCGACGAGCCUGAAAACGUUUUCGGACCAGGACGUCCAUGUGCGUUCGCGCGCGCGCGCCACUGAGCAACAAGUGGAUGGAAACUUUCCUUGCAUGUCCUUUCAGCAAGUAGUUCUCGGUGACUGCAAAGUGUGGAGAUUCAGGCAGUUCAUCGUCUUUUUUCCCUGAGUUUAUUUGUCGGCAUGAGUGGACCAGUAGUUUUCCACACGUGCGUGGUGCUUUUAGUUUUGGUGAGCGCAGGAGCAGUGGUGAGCGCUCAGGUCUCCAUGGUCAAAGUCAUAAGGGGCAACAUCAGGAGAGAUGACUUGUACCGAAAAGGGGACAACAUCACCGUUACAUCGCUGGGCGGAGUCAUCAAUAGCCCACGUUUCCCCAACUCAUACCCACGCAAUCUGCUGUUGACAUGGACACUGGUGUCGCCGCCGGGAAGCAGGAUACACUUGGAAUUUGAUGGUCACUUUGGCCUUGAGGAGGCAGAGAACAAUGUGUGCAGGUAUGACUUUGUUGAAGUGGAGGACCAAUCAGUGUCCAGCACAAUAAUUUGGGGUCGUUGGUGUGGCCAGAAAGCACCGCCGAGUCUCAACUCCAAAUCCAACAUCUUCAAAAUCACCUUUAAGUCUGAUGAUUACUUUGUAGCAAAGCCAGGAUUCAAAGUCUACUAUUCAUAUCUGCCUGAUACCCCUUUGCCGGCAUCCCAAACCAACUGGGAGGCUGUCACCAUGUCGGAUAGCAGUCCUUUUGGGCCGGCGGCAGUCACAGAGGUUCCUCUCUCAUUAGAUGACCUGGAUCGAACCAUUGCUGCCUUUGACACUGUGGAACAGCUUCUCAGAUCGUUGAACCCAGACACUUGGAAACAGGACCUGGACAGCAUCUACACGCAAACACACAUUCAUUAUAGAUCCCGGGCUUAUCAUCUGGGAAGCAGGCACAAUAAAGUUGACCUCAAUCGCCUCUACGAUGAUGUCAAGCGGUACAGCUGCACCCCUCGGAACUACUCCGUAAACCUGCGUGAGGAGCUUAGGGCCACCAACGCCGUCUUCUUCCCCCGGUGCAUGCUGGUCAAGCGCUGUGGCGGCAACUGUGGCUGCGGCACUAAUAACUGGAACAACGGCUGCACCUGUCAGGCCUCCAAGACCACGCUCAAACUACACGAGGUGCUCAAGUACGCCCCGGAGACCACUCUGUUCCAGCGCCAUCGCAGGGCAAGGGUCCGGUGGGUCAUCGAUGAGAUUUUCCUUACACACCACGACAAGUGUGAAUGUGCCUGUCCCUCCCAGCCUCCUCGCUGAGAUACUGACACAAACGAUCUUGAACUGUUGGACACCUUCUGCCAUUUUGCCGCAAACCUUUUUUGCAACCAGCUAUGCAGUAAAUACAGCAGAGAAGAAAUGAUUUGACAGAUGAUGCACAACCUUUAACAUUACGUAACAAUAAGUACUCCAGAGGAAUAAACAUAAAACUUACAAUAAUGAACUAUGCGUGAAAUACAUUGCGUGAGUUAAGUGGCUCUCCAGAUGUCUUUUCAGCCACUGGGAAGGAAGGAAUGAGGAGAGGACGGGAGGCGGACUGUGAAUCCAAGAUGAUGGUCAUUUGUACCUAAAGACUAAAAAAGUAGUUAUUUAUAAAACUGCAUUCCCCACCCUUCUGAUUUUCCACAAAGCCCUUCUUUGUUUUGCACACAUUCCUGUCUGCAAGAAUUCCAGCAUCCCUUUGUCCUUUACUUCAUCUGUACCCUGUUCCCUCCCUUUUGUUUCCCCCUCAGUGUCUCUUCAAACAUCCACACACACAUAUCCUCUCAAAUCACUCACUACCAAACAGAGGAGAUGUCAGCACAGGCUACUGCACUCUGCCCAGUUUUCUGAGCAUUCCGGGCAUUCCAGUCACUAACCGGGAAUUCUGCUAACACGGAUAAAACCUUGCACCUCACACCCAAAAAAACAUCACAGAAGAGUGGGGGAGAGAGAGAGAGAGAGAGAGAGAAGAAAAUAAAUCAGUCAGACAGAACCCUGGCUGAUGUUUGCAAAUAUUUUUUCAUGACUUACACAAUCGUGUAUGGCCAACAGUGGGACACACCUCUGAUUCAAACAAUAUUUAUUAAAUAAUCCCACUGAUUCUGAAUUAUUUACCCUAUAAAGACAUUUUUGACAACUUUUUGAGGAAGACUCUUCUUUUCCAGCAUAACUGUGGCCCUAUGUACCAAGAAAUAUAAAUAACAGCAUGGAUGAAUGGGUUUGAUAUGGAAGAACCACUGUAAAGUCCUGACUUCAACCCCGUCAAAAACUAUUGGGGUAAACUAGAACAGAGCUUGUGAUUCGGGACAUCUCAGGUGACAACUUACCUCACAAAUGUUCGUCUGGAUAAUUGGACCAAAAGUUUGUCAGACACACUUUAAUAUCUACUCAGAAGCGUUGAAGACUGUUAAAGCUACCAAUGGUGAAAUUAUUUCAUAUUUUCUGCCAUUUUCCCCUUCAGCCAGUCUGCUCAUGUUUGCAUUUUCAAUUGUCAAGGAUCAGUUUCUUCACACACAACCUUUUAAUUAGCACUUUUAAGCACACUUUUAUGGGAAUUGGAUGAUAGGAUGAUAUUUGUGAGUGAGUGUAUGCGUAAAUGCAUGCGUGUGUGUGUGUGUGUGUGAGGAAGUGCUUCUUUUGUCUGCGGGAUCAGGACGGUUCCCGACAGUGUGGAAGCAGGCAGCCCGAACAACCUUGUGAAUAUUUGACAUGUGACAGUGUGUGAGACAGUGUACAAGUACAGUGGUGGUCUGUGUGUGCUGGCAUGUCACACAUACAUAUCCUAGAUGUGAGAUAUAACAACAGUCCUCUGUUGUCGCUCAGCCAUCACCUCUCAUCACACGCACUCCGCUUUUGUUCGGAAGAGAGAUAAAAAUAAUUGGAUGCUGAACUGACUCUUUAGCCAUCCGAUCUGAAAUGUUUGGGCGGCCUUUGUACCAUGCAAGGUUGGUGGAGCACAAUCAUUAUAAAGGCAACAACAAAUACCUGCAGGAACACUGAAGAAAUCACUAAUUUAAAAACAGAACAAAAUUUAUGCAUUUUCUACCACAGUGUAAUCUCCUGGAUGUGGCGGGCUGCUGCACCGACUUGACCGUAAUACACAUAUCACAUUGACACAGAUAAUCUCUUCCCGUUACUCAUUGUAGCAAAUAUGAAGGCCCAGCUGCUUCCAUACCUCUCUAUAUGUAGUGGUCAUUUGUUCUAGUUGCAGGCAAAGCUGUUGACAAGUAAAUGCUCUUGUCGGUUGGAAGCCAGAUGUUCAUCAGGUCAUCAACUUCAAUCAAUCAAUCCUCACAAUAUCCUAACAAUAUUUGUCUGUGUGUUUUGUGGAUUUCAGUGUGAAAGUGUUGUCAGCACAUUCCAGUGUUGCACACACCAAAGUGGCUUUCCAUAAAUAACAGAAUCCGACAAAACAACAUGGCAUUCAAAGCUAUGUGUGCCACAUUUUACAUCACUUAUACCACAUCAGCGCCACAUUCACGCUGAAUAUGAGAAAGUUAGUCUAGCUGUUUUUCCAUUUAUGAAUCGCACAACUAACGUCAGCUCUGUCAAUUCAGUGAAUGUUUGAGCAAGAAACAAGUGCUGCUUUUGCUGUCUUUGGAAUAUUCAUGACAAAACUGUAGGCUUUAAUUUAUUGUGUCUUUCUCAGUUGUUUUGUUUGGGGGGAAACAA